GGGACAUACGCCCAGGACACCCUGUACCACCACUCUAUAUAUAAUCUAAUUUACAAUUAUAUAAAGCUUAAGAUCCUAUUACCGAUCAAAAGUAAAUCCAAGAAGUAUGUUAACAGGUACGUUGCAAUGGUAAUCCUAUACCAGUAACUGUAAUAUUUUUAUUUCGGUUUUACACCAUUAAUGUUAUAAUGUGCAAUGCGUAAUAAUUUGUCGGUCAAAAGAAUUCUCGAGUUGUUGCUUUUUGUUUGAAUAAAGACUUGGAGGAACUGUAACAUAAAAUGUUAAAAGACAAAGAUGUAUUGGCAUCAGUUAUUUGUUAACUAAAAUGCUGUAAAAGGUGUGCUUGUGUAUGAAGUCCAUAAUGAUGUACAACAAACUAAGAAACAAUGUAUGUGUGCUGAUUAUUGAAGUGCUUGUGUGCCUAGCUACACUGUCAGAUUGCUGUUUUUCUUCAUUGGCCUCGCAAGAAGAAACACUGGGACACGUUCCUAUAACAUGCUACAAAUGCAAAGGCAAUGCCAAUGACAGCUCGUGUGCUGACCCAAUAAUGGAAAGAAAGAAUGGGUUACAAAUGGAUAAGGUUCUGUGUGAUUAUGGUAUGUGUCUCAAAUGGACAUACAUGUCGAAAGGUGAACUGAUCAUGGAGAGAACCUGUUCAUCGAGUGAUAAUAUAGAAUUUAGAUUAAACUUUUACGAAGUUUGCAUUUCUGAGAAGUCUCCAGCUGUUGGAAAUUUGUGUAUGUGUGGAACUAAUUUGUGCAACGGAGGACGGACAAUAAAUCCCAGGACAAUUGAACUAUCUUUCCUGGUUAUGGGACUUCUGUUUUAUAACAGUGCAUUAAUUAGCCAGUGAUUGAUCAUUGCCAUGAGAAACUAUCCAAGGAGUAUUACAUUAUCGCUUUUUGCGACCGUUUUAUAUCAAAUCGUUUUUUAUUGAAAUUGAUUUUUUGGUAAACCAAUUUAUGUCCUCACGUCGUCCUAUCUUGUAAAAAGCCACAAUAAAAGCAUCAUACGAUUUCAAA